AGUGUUGAAAAGACUCAGGAGGACACAUUCCUCUGCACUGACAGCUGAAGCCACACUGUGGAUGAUGGAUUGUUCAGAGGAGAUGCAGUCUGUGCCAGAGGAGCCCAGCGUUCAAGUGGAAAUUAAAAAGGGAAUGUCAAUUUUUAUUGAUAUAUUGCGGCGGGCCGAUAAAAACGAUGAUGGAAAACUGUCAUUUGAUGAAUUCAAAUCCUACUUCUCUGAUGGCGUUCUGACAGCCGAGGAGCUGAAGGAACUCUUCCACACGAUUGACACUCAUAACACCGAGAAUGUGGACACAGAUGAACUGUGUGAAUAUUUCUCCCAGCACCUUGGCGAAUAUGAGAAUGUUCUUGCUGCUUUAGAAGAGCUGAAUAUGUCCAUAUUGAAGGCAAUGGACAAGACAAAGAAGGACUAUCAGGAGUCCACCCACCUGGAGCAGUUUGUGACCCGCUUCCUCCUGAAGGAGACGACCAAUCAGCUCCACUCACUUCAAAGCUCGCUGGAGUGCGCCAUGGAAACCACAGCUGAGCAGACUCGCCAGGAGAAACAGGGCCCACUGAAGCCGGAGGUUUUGUCCAUACAGCUGCCAAGUCGCCGCUCUAAUCGGAGACUUCAGAGGAACAGCAGCCUCUCUCCCAACAGUCCUCUCCUCAGCCUCGUCAAUUCAGGCGUUUAUGAUGAAGACAGCCAGUGGAUAAUCCAGGUCAACAGGCUGCAGAAGCUUAUCGACCGUCUCGAACAAAAGGGGAUCCGCCUGGAGGCUGUUGAAGAGGAGGUUUUGGGGACCAAAUCGCACAUCCUAGUAGUCCAGAGACAGCUCUCGGUGCUGGAGGAGGAACUGGAGGAGUUUCGUUUGGCUCUCAGACAGUACAUGGAUUGUGCUUGCGCCCAGACUGGAUGCCUACACAUCGCAGUUCAGAGGCUGGCACAUGAAUCACGCUUCAUCCUCUAUGAAUUCUGGGAGCACAACAACGUGUGGAAGAAUCACCUACAGACAAACUACAGUAAAACCUUCCAGAGGGGGAAUGUGGAUUUUCUGGAAACUCCCGAGACCAUCACUACAAUGCUUGUUCCCGCUUCUUGGUGGGUCCUCAACAACAACUGAAAGUGGAAGAGAACCCUUCACUGAUUAGCACCAUCGUGUGUGAAGAGCAAACAGUCACCUGUCAACAAGUCAGGAGGUCCACAGCAACACCUCACACAUGCCUGUACACACUGAACCAACACAACUUCAUGGUAUUUAGUAUUUACGACCUCCACGUUCCUUCAUAGUUUGGUGGUAGCUGAAACCAUAGACAUGUAUCCGUAUCCGCCCCAUGUAGCUGCUGCGAUACGUCAACGACGCCGCCAUAUUGGAUGUAGCAAGACUGCGCUGUAAACUAAUACAAGUUAAUGGACUU